AGGUGGCGGUAAUGCACCAAAAGCUGUUUGCCAACCGCCAUAAAACAUUCGAAGAAGAAGAAGAAGGCCUUUAAAGCGGUGACGUCACCACUGACGUUACAUCUUUGUCAGUGAACAAAAUGGCAACCUACUGUCUGACUGUCGCCCGGCUCCAGCUGGCUCUGGGCCAUGGUGCACGGCGCCUGCAUGUAUCAGCGGCUUACAGAGCCAAGGCCAAUGUGUCUAUGAGCCGCUUCGAGCCCACUUCCUUCGUCAACUAUGAGAGGCUCCAAUCCAGCAUUGACAUUGUGCGAAAAAGACUCAACCGGCCGCUCACCUUGUCAGAGAAGAUUGUGUACGGCCACCUCGAUGACCCCCACAACCAGGAGAUUGACCGCGGUCGCACUUACCUGCGGCUGCGUCCCGACCGUGUGGCCAUGCAGGACGCUACGGCCCAGAUGGCGAUGCUCCAGUUCAUCAGCAGCGGCCUGCCGAAGGUGGCCGUGCCCUCCACCAUCCACUGCGAUCACCUGAUCGAGGCCCAGAUCGGAGGAGUGAAGGAUCUGGCCAGAGCAAAGGAAAUCAAUCAAGAGGUCUACAAUUUCCUGUCCAGCGCUGGGGCAAAAUAUGGAGUUGGAUUCUGGAAACCAGGCUCUGGAAUCAUCCAUCAGAUCAUCCUAGAGAACUACGCCUACCCAGGAGUGAUGCUAAUUGGCACAGAUUCCCACACACCAAACGGUGGUGGGCUUGGUGCCAUCUGCAUCGGAGUUGGAGGAGCAGACGCUGUAGAUGUCAUGGCAGGAAUCCCCUGGGAGCUCAAGUGCCCCAAGGUGAUUGGUGUGAAGCUGACGGGCGCCCUCUCAGGCUGGACGUCUCCUAAGGAUGUUAUCUUGAAGGUGGCCGGCAUCCUGACAGUGAAGGGAGGCACUGGAGCCAUUGUAGAAUACCAUGGGCCAGGAGUAGACUCCAUUUCCUGCACUGGAAUGGCCACUAUUUGCAACAUGGGAGCAGAGAUUGGAGCCACAACCUCCGUGUUCCCCUACAACCACCGCAUGAGGACCUACCUGGAGAAGACUGGACGUGGACAGAUUGCUGCCCUGGCUGAUGAAUACUCGGACUUGCUGGUUCCAGAUGAAGGCUGCGAGUAUGACCAGGUCAUCGAGCUCAAUCUGGACGAGCUGAAGCCCCACAUCAAUGGACCCUUUACCCCUGACCUGGCUCACCUAGUGUCUGAAGUAGGUGGUGUUGCUGAGAAGAACGGUUGGCCACUGGAGGUUAAAGUUGGUCUGAUCGGCAGCUGUACCAACUCCAGCUACGAGGACAUGGGCCGCGCUGCAUCUGUGGCCAAACAGGCUUUGGAUAAAGGCCUGAAGUGCAAAGCUCAGUUCACAGUCACCCCUGGCUCCGAGCAGAUUCGCGCCACCAUCGAAAGAGAUGGAUAUUCAAAGAUCCUUGGUGAUGUUGGAGGUGUGGUCCUGGCCAACGCAUGUGGACCCUGCAUUGGUCAGUGGGACCGGCAAGACGUGAAGAAGGGAGAGAAGAAUACAAUCGUCACUUCCUUCAACAGAAACUUCACUGCCAGGAAUGAUGCUAACCCUGCAACACACGCCUUUGUUACCUCUCCUGAGAUUGUCACUGCCCUCGCAAUCGCAGGCUCAUUGAACUUCAACCCAGAGACAGAUUACCUUACAGCCCCCAACGGUGAGAAAUUCAAACUGGACCCCCCCAACGGAGAUGAACUACCUUCCAGGGACUUUGACCCAGGCCAGGACACCUACCAGCACCCGCCUGCUGACGGCCUCAGCCUUAGGGUGGACGUCAGCACUGAAAGCAACCGGCUACAGCUGCUGGAGCCCUUUGACAAAUGGAGCGGGAGUGAUCUGGAGGACAUGAGAGUCCUCAUCAAGGUGAAGGGCAAAUGCACCACAGACCACAUCAGUGCUGCUGGACCUUGGCUGAAGUUCCGCGGUCACCUGGAUAACAUCUCCAACAACAUGCUGAUCGGUGCAGUCAACAGCGAGAAUGAUGCCAUCAACAAGAUCAAGAACUACCUGACAGGGGAGUACGGAGGAGUCCCUGAUGUGGCCCGUCACUACAAGGCCAAUGGUGUGUCCUGGGUUGUGGUCGGAGAUGACAACUACGGUGAGGGCUCCAGCAGAGAGCAUGCUGCCCUGGAGCCCAGGCAUCUGGGAGGAAGAGCCAUCAUUGUCAAGAGCUUCGCGAGAAUUCACGAAACUAACCUGAAGAAGCAGGGUCUGCUGCCGCUGACCUUCAGCAAUCCAUUAGACUACGAUAAGAUCCGCCCUGAUGACAAGAUCUCCAUCAAAGGACUUAAAACCUUCGCUCCAGGAAAGCCUCUUAGCGCAGUCGUGAAGCACAGUGACGGCAGUGAGGAGACGUUGGAACUGAUCCACAGCUUCAACGAGACACAGAUUGAAUGGUUCAAGGCGGGCUCCGCCCUCAACAGGAUGAAGGAGCUGCAGCAUUGAAGAAGAGGAGUGGGGAGAAAAAAUGUGGAGGAGGAUUUUCAGGGGGAAAACAGGGUGGUGAGGAUUGUGGGAUGAAGAAUGUAGAUGCUGUUGAUGAUUGUUCCAUCGUCUGCAUUUGCACACAGUUUGGACUGAAGUAAUGCAUCGGUAUACCUCAGAGUCCAAUGUUGUCAUUAGAUUACUUCAGACUAAGUGCCAAGCUAAUGUUGAUUAAGGAACAAUAGCAACUGGUCUGCGGUCAGAUAUUUCUAAAGUAUUUGUUAGUGCAUAGCGUUCUUGAAGAUACUGCAAGCUGCUAUGUUUCAAAGUCAAACAGUGAUAAAUGGUUAGAAAUCAAUCUGUUGUAAAAACAAAGGGGAGACACACACACACACACACACAUACACACUUUAACACACUAAGCUUUGACCCAAGUAGUGACAUAAUACUCUGCCGGUGUUUUUGCAGCUGUUCAAACAGGUCAGUACAGCCUGGAAACCACUUCACACUGGAGCUCAGCCAGCUGAUCACACUCAGUCACCUUGUUACUUUAAAAUUGUGUUGCAAACUGCAUGGCAAUAAUAAUUAAUAAUAAUACGCUUUAGUCCAUCAUUGUCAUUCAGUCUGCCCCAGUGUUAUUUACGCUCCACCUUGAACAGGUAAACACUGCUGUCGGUGGCAUCUCUGGGUCCAUUUGUUGUUUAGUUCCAGUGACCACAUGGAUCCAAAAUAAACUUGUGGGCACACACAUUAAUUCUUUGUGUCCAUGUCUUUCAGCGAACUAUGUUUUUAUCCAUCGCAGUACAUAUUAAGGUUGCAGAGAACCAUUGCAGACAUUACCUAAUAUACAGAAGGACUUGUAUGCUUUAAUACUGCGUUAGAGUACAGUAACAAACCUUCUACCCGACGACCAUCACUACCACCGUCCUUCAACUGCCCUCCCCAUCAAUCUUUAACCUCAUUACCUCAUUAUUCCGAUUUUAGAUUUGAAAACUUAUGUUACACUGCAAAUUACCACUUUUUGUUAUUUAAGUUAUGUAGCUACUCAUAAGAAACUCAGAUUACUGUCAGCUGAUUUUGGUCCUCUGUGGAUAUUAUUAACUGAAAUUCACUCCAAAACCUCAACAUUACAUCAGACAAGCUGUGUUUUUCUCCUUAUCCUUCACUGUUGCAGCCCAAGCAAGCAGAAUGCAGUUUUGAAGAAGAAGUUAAUUACAUGAAGUGAAGUUAGACCACUCUCUUCCUCUAACCCACUGUAUGUAAGGUGUCUGGUUCCAUGUACAUUUAAGUGUUUGUUUUUUCUCCCAGAUUAUCUUUUCUGUAUUACAGAAAUGCCAAUGGGUUGUAAAAUAAAAAUUCACUGAUCUAAUUUAUUUACCUUGGCUCCAGUGAUGUGACUAAAAUCUGUUUACAGUCGAGUUACAGGUAUUUUUAGAUGUGCAGUGAUCUACUGAUCCAUCCUCUUUGCUGAAAAUUAGGCAUGAUUAUCAUUUUAAGCAGUCUCGUUGCAAGAUUUUGAAAGAAUAGUGACAUUCAAGAAUCAAGUGUUUAUUGUCCUCGCCAAUGUAUGAAUGUGAAUUCUUGUAUCCUAUUUAGAGCGACAGGUUCUUGACAGCUCAUAUGUAUCUGCACAUCAGAGUUCGCACUUGGGUGGAGGGGGGAGAGAAAAAAAACUGAAUAAAUAAGGUCUGCCUUGCCUCUA